GCGAUUUGUGAGGAGGCUGGAGUCUUGCACAAAUGUCACAUUAGCAAUAUUUUUUAUAAAAGAUCUUUAAUGCCACUUUAACGUUAUCGUUGCAGUGGUUAAAUUGCGAGAGUCACACACGAAGAACAGUGUGACUCUGGUGUCACGCAGAGAACGUAAGGCAGCAGCUGGACACAGCAUCACCGGUCGUCCUGCGUCGUUCAGUUUCUCGAUGAAGAAUGAAUCAGAGUGACUUUAACAACACAUUGAUGGACACUGAAUUUGAGCAUUAUCUUAAAAUACAAAUUGUUUCAAGAUGGCUGAUCGUAACCAUCGGCUUCGUCCUGACGCCCGUCGCCAUCUUCGCUGUUUCCUCUCUGGUGAAGAAAGACAACGUUGCUCCGAUCUAUGUCAUCAACCUCCUGGUUUCUGAUCUUGUUCAGCUCUGUGCCACGAUCAUUUUGGAGACAAAAUAUGGAACUAUUGGUUCAUUCAUGUUCGACUUCGCUCUGGUGGCCAGUGUUGGCUUCAUGGUCUGCAUAGCUAUGGAAAGGUAUUUGCUCAUCGUCUGGCCGCUGUGGUACCGAACCAGACGAACAGUAAAGAUGUAUCUGCUGCUUUGCGCUGUGGUCUGGACUUUGGCUUUAUCUAACUUGAUCUUACGUGUAUUCACUUUGAAUGUUAACUUUGAUUUGUACCUUAAAAUUUCUGGCAUCUUCCUCCUCCUCCCUCUUCCUCUGCUCAUGUUCUUCCUGGUUGGGACCCUUAGAACUUUGUCUGCCUCCAUCAGUGUUCGUGCUGAGGAAAAGCGCAGAAUUGUUGGACUUCUGGUUCUGGUGCUGCUGAUUUACACACUGCUGUUCCUGCCUUACAUCAUAUGUUGCCUGGUCAAACCUCAAAAUUAUAAGGUAUACUUUUUUGCUUUUUUUUUCAGUGAACUUAAUCCUGUUGCUGACUUGUUCCUGUACAUCUUCCUCAGAAAAGGGGCUGUGAACAAGGUUCGGUUCUGUCUCUGUUGUUGCAGAAAAAACAGAACUAGUCGUCAGUCGUGCAGCGGUUUGAAUGAUGGUGACACAGUCACAAGUUUGUAGUCAGACAAUGAAACAUAAACAAUGAAAUUGUCUUGGUUUGUAGUUUUCAUCAUUUGUUUAAUAUUUAGGUGUGAUUAGUCUGAGGAGUCAGCUUCAGAGUUAACAAACAUCCCAUAAAAUUUCAAAUAUCUGCUUGUCUAUGGAGACAUUUUGUGUUUGUGUGUAGGACUUGGAGUGUUUUAGCUGAAAGAAGAAGGUUUUAAUGAAGAUUUGUCAUUUAUUCAUUGAUUCCAACCUAAAACUGAACAGUUUGAUUCGUUCUCUGUCUCUGAUUUAAUCUGUGUGAGUGAAGCCCACAAUGAUGUUAAAUUUCAACCUGUUUCAUUGAUAUGGAGAAGCUUCAACACGUGUACAUGUUUUACCAGAUGUGAUUUAGCAUUAAGUUGAUGUUAUGUAGCUUUUCACUUUCACCGUGUUUACUCCAUCCAGCUUCUGAUUGCUGAAACACAUCACACAUUCAUCUGCUGUUAGUAGCUGGUAAAUCAGGAUGUUUUUCCCUUCCAAGAGUCUCUGUUUCAUCUAUGAGUUGCUGCCUGCCAAACUACUACUUGGCUUUCUGAGCUUUUAUUCUCCUCUGCUUCACUCGUCUGCGCUGUACUCUGGCUCACACAAGUAACCAAGAAUUUCAGACUGUGCUAACAGGAUGUACAGUAGAACUCGUCUUCUAAAUAAUCUAUGGCACUACCUUCGGCUGUUGAAUAUUACUGCUGUACCUGUAUGCAAGGAUGAACAAUUGGUGAGACACCAGUUGAUCUUCAGCAUCCUGGCUCCGCCUCCCUCUCUGCCUGGCCCCGCCUCCCAUUCUGCCUGGCUCCGCCCCCCUUUUAGGCUGGUGCUCAAGCAGGUAUGGAGAAAACCAGAAAGCACAAAUUGUAGUCUGUGAGCCCACGGCAAUCUACCAAAGCAGCAGAGAAUGACGUGUUUUACAUCAUCUUCAGUGGCCCUGGUGGAUUGAUGCAGAGGAAUUAAGUGGUCAUUUCUCUGCACAGAAAAUAUAGAGGAAUAUGAGUGUCGCUUCAUUCUUACAUAUUACUCGACAUGUUUUUGUUAACCCCCACUGAUAAAUGGUGAAGUGUUCCUUUAUCCAGAAGUGGAGAGAAAGGCACAGGUGUGUAGAAUGAUUAAUCAAUGCUGGUAACAGGUGAGGGGAGUAGGAUUGACUGCAAACCAGGAGCAUUAACAGAGGAGAGGAGUGUGAGGGAGAAUGGAAAUAGGCAGUCAGGUCAUUCCUUACAGAUAGGCAGUAGAUAUAUAAUCUGGUUACAAGCUUCAUCUCCAGCUCUACUGCAAAAUAACAACCAAAGAUGAUUUUUUCAUGUCCUAAAAAGUAAAAUCAAAUAUUAGCGGCAUUGCUUUACGCACGCACACUUCAGAUUUUAAUAAUAAUGUUCAGAUAAAGUUCUAAACUUAAGGCGAUGCUCUAGUAUUUCAAUUUCGAGUUGAGCCUUUUUAAUAGCCAGUCUCUUCUCCUCUAUUUUGAGCUGUAUAAAGGUCCAUCUUCAGGGUCACUUUUUUAAUUUGUUGUUGAAGAUAGACCUUAAACAGCUCCUUUGCUGGCAACUAGGAAGGCAUUAAAAAUUAAUUCUUUUUUAAAUUAUAAAAAGCAUAUAUUAAAGAUUAUGCGAUGCAGACAAAUUCUUACAGUGCUUAGAUUUAGGGAUGAGGUAGAUGGACCCUCAUCUGCAUUGAAAUCCCCAGGAAUGUUCUGUGAAAGGACAAUGACAAUUUGUUACUCUGUAAUGGUAAAGCGGGUCAUAUCUUAUGUUAUGGUAUGUACAGUAUCAGACCUCUGUGGAUCCAGCAGCACUGUCCAAUUCCGUCACAGCAGAAGUGAUCUCUUCAUCAUCAUCCUACAGUGGAAAUAUGCAAGUACACUUUAUCUGGCAAUAAAACAACAAAAAAAGUAAACACAAAUAAAAGGUACCUGGCAACAAAUCACUUACACAUGUCACAUGAGGGAUGCACAUGACUGUUAUCCCUGGAGGGUCCAAUAAUACAAUGCGUCCGUCAUCGUCAAAAAUCAUAGUGACAGAGAUAGUAGUUGAUUUAAAGUCAUAAAUAAAAUAAAUAAGUCAUAAAAAUGUGUACUCCUGUGGUAAAUGUUACUCAUGUCAAUGGAGGUUCUGUGUGAUGAAGUGCCCCAGGAAUACCCUCGACCACUGUUCGCCCUUUAUUCAGGGACAGAGCCAGCUCCUCAGAUGGGGUGAGGGGAGGUGGUGGUGGCCCCACCUGUCUGACGAGCCUCUGCCUUCUUUCUGUUAGCUACAUUACAGAAAGACCAUGUUAAACAUGUUUAAUACGUAGAUGCUGUAAUUGUGUAAUCACAACUUACCUUCUAGUAGGAUGUUUUUGUGUUUCAUUUUGACCUGGGACAGAGUUGCUCCAGAAGGAUUACACCUCAUAAAACAAGAAUAUUACUAUUAUUCAAUAUUUUUCUAAUCUUAUGAAAUUAAUAGUAAAAAAAUGUGAAAAUUAUGUUCCA